UCGCAGCUAAAUCAGAUAUCAAUCUUCUACAAUGGCAGCUGCCAUAGGAUUCAGCACUUCCAUUUCUGUGCAGUUUAUACCAACAAAAGGAACAUCAAACCUUUCCAUUUCUAACAUCCCACUUAGACAAUCAAACACAGUUCAACCACUUAAGCCUACAAGAAGAAAACCAUACAACCUAUUUGUGGUUCCACCAAGCAGUCCUACCUCCGACACUAGUUCACUUUCUCCUGCAGCUCGAACGAUCAUGGAGUUCUACUCUUCCAUUAAUCAAAAGAACUUGACGAAACUGGAAGCGUUGGUAGCUAAUGAUUGUUGCUUCCGGGACUAUUUUUUCCCUAAACCGUUCCAAGGGAAAAAGGAAGUUAUGCAUUUCCUCGAACAACUUACCACGUGCAUGGGUGAUCACAGAAACAUGAGAUUUAAUGUUGAGCUUGUAUGCGAAGGGAACGACUAUACAGUUGCUUUCAAUUGGCACUUGGAUUGGAAAAAGAUAGAGGUCCCUUUUACUAGAGGAAGCAGCUGUUUCUCACUAUCAGUGAAUGAAGAUAAACUACUUAUCAAGAAAGCACAAGUUUUCAUUGAAUCACCUAUCAAAUUAGGAGUUGUGGCACUGGCUAUAUUCAAGAGUGUGACUUCAAUAUUCGAUGCAUUUCCAGCAGCUACAGAAUGGUUCUUAAAGAGCCCGCAUACUAUGUUUCGCGUACUAAUAAAGGCAUACAGCAUCGGCAUACAUCCUGUGAUAAGUCCAUUCCUAGCCUGGUACAUCAAGCUACUGAAUCUCACAGCUUGCAUUCUAACCACUACUCUCAAUAUUCUGCAUUACAUAGCCAAGAUUUUUCACAAGUAAUCCACAGAGUGUGGUGGCCUGUUUCACCACCAAUCACCAUCUACAUUUCUUUGUAUUUUGGAAUCAUUGUGACAAAAAUUCGCCUAACAAUGAUGAACCAUUUUUAUUCUAAUUAAAUACACUGAUUAUCCCUCUA